AAUAUAUUAAUAAUAAGUAUUAUAAGGAUUAGUUUUAGCUUAGGUAAGGAAAUCGUUGCUCUAAGUAUAGUAAAAGUAGAGACGUAUUUCGGAACGAUAACUUUUUAUAUUUUACCUAUUAAUACCCUAUUUCUUUUAUAUUUAAAAGAUAUAGAUUAA